GUUAAUAGUCGCACCAUGGCUCCCGCUGCCCCGAAAGUUCUCGUCCCUGAGUCGAUCCUCAAGAAGCGUCGCACGCUCGAGCAGGUGAAGGCCAAGCGCGCCGCCAAGGCCGCCGCCGACAAGGUCCACCGCAAGAAGGUCCGCCAGAUCGCCUUCAAGAGCGCCGAGAAGUACGUCAAGGAGUACCGUCAGCUCGAGAAGCAGAGCGUGAUCCUGCGGCGCCAGGCCAAGUCCACGGGCAACUUCUACGUGCCCGCUGAGGCCAAGUUCGCCUUCGUGAUCCGCAUCCGCGGUAUCAUCGGCGUGUCCCCCAAGGUGCGCAAGAUCCUGCAGCUCCUGCGUCUGCGCCAGAUCCAGAACGGCGUGUUCGUGAAGCUCAACAAGGCCACCAUCAACAUGCUGCGCCUGGUCGAGCCCUUCGUGACGUACGGCUACCCCAACCUCAAGGUCACCCGCGAGCUGAUCUACAAGCGCGGAUUCGGCAAGGUCCGUGGCCAGCGUAUCCCCCUGACGGACAACGCCGUGAUCGAGAAGUCCCUGGGCCACGUCGGCAUCAUCUGUAUCGAGGACCUGAUCCACGAGGUCUUCACGGUCGGCGAGCACUUCAAGCAGGCCGCCAACUUCCUGUGGCCCUUCCAGCUGUCGUCCCCCAACGGCGGCUACACCAAGAAGCUGCUGCACUUCGCUGAGGGCGGCGACGCUGGCAACCGCGGCGCCGAGAUCAACAAGUUCAUCAAGCAGUGCCUGUAAGGUGCUAACUGCCUGGUCGUUCUUGCGAGGUUUCUUCCAGCAGCAACGCGGUGUUUGGGUGGGCUACUCCCUCAGCUCGCUCGGAUGCUUUAACAAAUCGGUUUGAAAGAUAAUGAAAGGGUCUUUUUGACUACCAAAC